GUCCCGGAUGUCUAUCACGCCGGAAGAGAAGAAGGUUCUUUCCCCAGCCAUCUUGUGGCAACAUCUAGCGAAGUGUUCGCACCAAGCCUCGUAGAAUCGGAGGAAAAUCCUGCUGAAGGGGCGCCAUCAUGCCCGGACAUAUGCAAGAAGGUUUCGGCUGCGCCAUAGCCAACCGAUUCGACCAACUAUUUGACGACGAGUCGGACCCGUUCGAGCUGUUGAAGGAGGCGGAGAACAAGAAGAAGGAGGCUCCUGUCCCUGGUGCCGCCAAGACCGCGGCUCAAGCCGCCAAGCUCCAGAAAAAGGAGUCCCAGAAAGACAGAAAGGUCGUCCCUGCAGAUAAGAAAGAUGAGCCUCUGGCACCCGUGACUCUGAAGAAAGAUGGUAAGACUGUUUCCCGCAAUAAUUGUCCGUUUGAUCUGCAAAAUCGCAGUUCGCCCUGGAUAGUUAAGUAUUAACGUUACGUUAGCUAGCUAACUUAGCUAGCAAUGGUUUCAAAGCCUCCAUGAGGUCGACAUGAUUCAUUUUGUCAACUAAAGCUGAGACUUUUGUUAUCGCAGUCGUUGCAAAAAAAAAAUCACGACAGUGUAACUUGGUGUGGUACAAUAUUGUGCCCCCUGAAAACGAACUUGCAGGCGAACUUGUUUUGUUGCCAAUAUUAAAACGCCUCUUCCUUCGGGGCCUUGCUUAGCCAGGAUUGUUAGCCGCAAGUUAAUUGGCUAACGUUAGCUAACCAAAGUCAUUUGCUAGCUUGCUAACAACUACCUGUUGAUCCGUGUUUAAUUAGUAUAUAUUUAUUAAAUGCACGAUUGGCGAAUUGUCAGUUUUGUGCAACAAAUUGUUUACCAAGGUAACCGUGUGUUCACACCGGGGUGUAAGCCAACUUUCACAAGUAAAGCGAUCGUGCUAGGUUAACAUUUUAGAUUGUUUUCUAACUAGUUAACGUUAGACGAAUUGGCUAGCUAGGUAGCUCGCUAGUCUUUCGCUACCUGCAUUAACCCACGUCGUGAUCAACCUCGUGGCUCUGGUUUGGGGUGUGAAACAGCCGCAGCCACCGAACUGUCACUUGCUAAAUGGCGCACAACAUGUUCUCGACUAAGCAGGGAAUGAUGUCAUCCUGCGUAGCGCGGUUGUGAAUGUGAAUAUGGGCGUUUUGUUUUUUCGUCAAAUAACGAAGCUUCACGAGGAUGUUCGCUGUUGCUACUAGGUGAACAAAUAAGGUUACAGAUGACAAUAUAAAUGGACCAAACAAUUACAUUAUAAUUUACGACGUCUGAGUGAGUAGACUAGUGUUACUCGCCUAUACAUUGUCAUGAUUAGUAGUGUAGACUGAUCUAGUUAUAAAACAUGUACAAGUAAAAUAGGAGGCCCCUGUAUUUUGUUAGCAGUUUCCAACCUAGUUGCACCAGUCAGAAGCAAAGUCAAAAAAUGGAAACCCAAGAGAAGAAGAGACAGGUGCAUGCACCAACGUGCUUUCAGCUGCUGGGGGUGCAUGGUGUAGGGGUGGGAGUCUAUUUUGGUCAACAGUGGGAGGGACUUGUCAGACCAGUCUCAGGGCAUGUUUUCAUCUGCUGUGUACUGGUAUGGUGGAUAAUACAAAGCUCAACCUCAGGUUAUCUGUUUAUGAAGAAGUUUGCAUGUUAUUUCAAUUCUCUCCAUAUUUUAAUAAUGUGUCCUUACACUCCAGUUCAGCACGUCAGACCUGCUCUCUUUUGGAGACUGGUCUUGAGGAAAGCUCUAACUGUAGUCUCUAUUACACCCCCCUAUUUUGGCUAGAAAAUGUAUGCAGAAAAUUACUCGUUUUAUUAGGGGAUCACUUACUAACACUCCUCCUCUGUUCUGUCCUACACCAGGACCUGGUCCCAGGAGGAUGGGUCCCAGGCGUGAGGGUCAGGGCCCAGCUGGGGGUCCACCCCGUGAGGGCCAGGGCGAGGGCCGCCCCCCUACAGACAGACCCCCCCGGACAGACAGGCGGCCACCACGCCGUUUCGAGAGGCCCCCCGGCGGAGAAGAUAAGCCAGCCGAGGGAGGAGAGUUCUCUGUGGAGAAGUAAGUACUGGGUAGAGCAGGGCUGCGUUCAGUUGGCACCAACAGGAUAUAUUUUUUUUUUUAAGGAGUGAAAGGAAGCGGUACUAACCCCAACAAUAACACUACUCAGAUCUGUGUGAGUGCAGGCCCUUGUUCCAGCCAAGCAGUAACCCAUCUGAUUUCACAAAUAAACUGAUGUUAGUCCUCAUUUAACAGUAGAACUGCUGGGCCUCGAGGGACCCCCCCCCCCCCCCCCCUCAAGCUAAUGAGCAGUAAUUCUGACUGCAAAAUUCUAACAUUGUAAUUAAUACAUUUCAUAUAUGCUAUCACAAAAAUAAUAAUGUGGUUAUGUUUAUGAAGGUCUUGGGUAACAUUAGAAUACAAUUUUUUUUAUUUAAAAUAACACAAUAGCAUUUUAAUUAGUUUGUUAUUAUAGGGUAUAUGUAAAAACACUAAACACAUUCAAGCGUUCAAUCCAUUUUAUUUGUGGAGUGCCUUUGUUACAACUAUGAAACAGAAGGCCUAUGUGUUGGAACGAGGUAACAGCUUGUUUUUAUAACGACAAAAUACAAAAAAUACCACGGCCACCUGUACCCGGGGUCAUCAAGCUGCAUGGUCUAAUGAAAACAUCAGUAGCCUAAACAUAAGUGCCAAGUGGGCUUGAUAAAUAGUGAAAAUUGCCACAAAGCAAUAAUGGCAUUAUAAUAACUUUGUCAAUAUGACAGCAGUCAUAAAUGGUAAAUUAUUGUCAGCUUGCGCUUACAUGGUGUGCGUCUUCACACAAUGGCAUCAGUUGGAGCAUGUUCAUGUCACAUAAACAACGAAACGUUGCUGAUAUUGUUUUUUUCUUGUGAUGUAGGGUCUACUCUCAGUGAAGAAAGUCGCUCUGGAUAAGAGCGUCUGCUAAAUGACUAAAAUGUAAAUGUAAGACAUUUUGUGCUGGUUAUCGGCAAGUAGCAUUGUCACCGACUUGUUCUAUCUAAACGGUGUUGUCCCUUCCUCUCCUGUCUCACCGUUUCAUUUGGUGGUGGCAUUGGCACCUUCUCAGUGCGCACGUUCUGUUUUUUUUGCGCUUAGACCUCGGAAGUGUAGGUUCAGGCUGAGGCUCAGAAUCAGAAGAAUAAUCAUCAGAGAUGUCAUGAUUCAUUUCUUCCCUACCAUCUGAGUUGUUUUCGUUCAGAUUCUGUAGCAACGCUAACACAGCAUGUGCAUCCAUUCGUCUUGGUCCAUUACGCACGCUUUCACUGUGUACUCCAAGUAGGCCAGAGUAGAUUGAUAAGACUGCUUGGAUUUGAUGGACUGAUACAGUUGAAGUCGGAAGUUUACAUACACCUUAGCCAAAUACAUUUAAACUCAGUUUUUUCACAAUUCCUGACAUUUAAUCCUAGUUAGGAACACCACUUUAUUUUAAGAGUGUGAAAUGUCAGAAUAAUAGUAGAGUGAUUUUAUUUCAGCUUUUAUUUAUUUCAUCACAUUCCCAGUGGGUCAGAAGUUUACAUACUCAAUUUGUAUUUGGUAGCAUUGCCUUUAAAUUGUUUAACUUAAAUGUUUUGGGAAGCCUUCCACAAGCUUCCCACAAUAAGUUGGGUGAAUUUUGGCCCAUUCCUCCUGACAGAGCUGGUGUAACUGAGUCAGGUUUGUAGGCCUCCUUGCUCGCACACGCUUUUUCAGUUCUGCCCACAACAUUUCUAUAGGAUUGAGGUCAGGGCUUUGUGAUGGCCACUCCAAUACCUUGACUUUGUUGUCCUUAAGCCAUUUUGCCACAACUUUGGAAGUAUGCAUUGUCCAUUUGGGAGACCCAUUUGCGACCAAGCUUUAACGUCCUGACUGAUGUCUUGAGAUGUUGCUUCAAUAUAUCCACAUAAUUUUCCUUCCUCAUGAUGCCAUCUAUUUUGUGAAGCGCCCUCCUGCAGCAAAGCACCCUCACAGCAUGAUGCUGCCACCCCCGUGCUUCACGGUUGGGGUGGUGUUCUUCGGCUUGCAAGCUACUCCCUUUUCCUCCAAACGUAACAGUGGUCAUUAUGGUCGAACAGUUCUAUUUUUGUUUCAUCAGAUCAGAGGACAUUUAUAAAAAUAAAAGGUACGAUCUUUGUCCGCAUGUGCAGUUGCAAACUGUAGUCUGGCUUUUAUAUGGUGGUUUUGGAGCAGUGGCCUUUCAGGUUAUGUCGAUAUAGGACUUGUUUUACUGUGGAUAUGGGUACUUUUGAACCUGUUUCCUCCAGCAUCUUCACAAGGUCCUUUGCGGUUGUUCUGGGAUUGAUUUGCACUUUUCGCACCAAAGUACGUUCAUCUCUAGGAGACAGAACGCGUCUCCUUCCUGAGCGGUAUGACGGCUGCGUGGUCCUAUGGUGUUUAUACUUGCGUACUAUUGUUUGUACAGAUGAACGUAGUACCUUCAGGCGUUUGGAAAUUGCUCCCAAGGAUGAACCAGACUUGCGGAGGUCUACAAUUGUUUUUCAGAGGUCUUGGCUGAUAUCUUUUGAUUUUCCCAUGAUGUCAAGCAAAGAGGCACUGUGUUUGAAGGUAUGCCUUGAAAUACAGUGGGGGAAGUAUUUAGUCAGACUAAAAUUAUUUAGUCAGCCACCAAUUGUGCAAGUUCUCCCACUUAAAAAGAUGAGAGACCUGUAAUUUUCAUCAUAGGUACACGUCAACUAUGACAGACAAAAUGAGAAUUUUUUUCUCCAGAAAAUCACAUUGUAGGAUUUUUAAUGAAUUUAUUUGCAAAUUAUGGUGGAAAAUAAGUAUUUGGUCAAUAACAAAAGUUUCUCAAUACUUUGUUAUAUACCCUUUGUUGGCAAUGACACAGGUCAAACGUUUUCUGUAAGUCUUCACAAGGUUUUCACACACUGUUGCUGGUAUUUUGGCCCAUUCCUCCAUGCAGAUCUCCUCUAGAGCAGUGAUGUUUUGGGGCUGUCGCUGGGCAACACAGACUUUCAACUCCCUCCAAAGAUUUUCUAUGGGGUUGAGAUCUGGAGACUGGCUAGGCCACUCCAGGACCUUGAAAUGCUUCUUACGAAGCCAGUCCUUCGUUGUCCGGGUGGUGUGUUUGGAAUCAUUGUCAUGCUGAAAGACCCAGCCACGUUUCAUCUUCAAUGCCCUUGCUGAUGGAAGGAGGUUUUCACUCAAAAUCUCACGAUACAUGGCCCCAUUCAUUCUUUCCUUUAAACGGAUCAGUCGUCCUGGUCCCUUUGCAGAAAAACAGCCCCAAAGCGUGAUGUUUCCACCCCCAUGCUUCACAGUAGGUUCUGGAAUUUUUGCUCACCGUUCUUGUGAUCAUUUUGACCCCACGGGGUGAGAUCUUGCUCUACCCAGAUCGAGGGAGAUUAUCAGUGGUCUUGUAUGUCUUCCAUUUCCUAAUAAUUGCUCCCACAGUUGAUUUAUUCAAACCAAGCUGCUUACCUAUUGCAGAUUCAGUCUUCCCAGCCUGGUGCAGGUCUACAAUUUUGUUUCUGGUGUCCUUUGACAGCUCUUUGGUCUUGGCCAUAGUGGAGUUUGGAGUGUGACUGUUUGAGGUUGUGGACAGGUGUCUUUUAUACUGAUAACAAGUUCAAACAGGUGCCAUUCAUACAGGUAACGAGUGGAGGACAGAGGAGCCUCUUAAAGAAGAAGUUACAGGUCUGUGAGAGCCAGAAAUCUUGUUUGUAGGUGACCAAAUACUUAUUUUCCACCAUAAUUUGCAAAUAAAUUCAUUAAAAAUCCUACAAUGUGAUUUUCUGGGGGGAAAAAUCUCAAUUUGUCUGUCAUAGUUGACGUGUACCUAUGAUGAAAAUUACAGGCCUCUCAUCUUUUUAAGUGGGAGAACUUGCACAAUUGGUGGCUGACUAAAAACUUUUUUCCCCCACUGUACAUCCACAGGUACACCUCCAAUUGACUCAAAUGAUGUCAAUUAGCCUAUCAGAAGCUUCUAAAGCCAUGAUAUCAUUUUCUGGAAUUUUCCAAGCUGUUUAAAGGCACAGUCAACUUAGUGUAUGUAAACUUCUGACCCACUGGAGUAGUGAUACAGUGAAUUAUAAGUGAAAUAAUCUGUCUGUAAACAAUUGUUGGAAAAAUUACUUGUCAUGCACAAAGUAGAUGUCCUAAACGAUAGUUUAUUAACAAGAAAUUUGUGGAGUGGUUGAAAAACAAGUUUUAAUGACUCCAACCUAAGUGUAUGUAAACUUCCGACAUCAACUGUAUAUGGUACGUACCAUUUUGAGAUUAUAAUUAGUAGAUCAAUACAGUAGAAUGGGCCGCACUGUUCAUUCACAAUUGGUGAUUACAGAAUUAUGCAUCGAUCGAUUCCCCGUGCUCAUCAACUCUUCUCCCCCAGCAUACUUAAAUGAAUUUGUUAUGUGUGAAAUUAGCUUUGGUAUAGUGUAGGCGCAGUUUUGAUGCAAUUAUCAGGGUGAUGAACAACUGGGCACAGCACCUUCAACUAUUGGGAGAAGGAGCUGAGCAGGCCCUACUGUUGGGAGAAGUAGGGGCAACGGGAAAACCAUAAAAAAUGACAUGCCCUCCUAAAACUGAUUAUAAUUCCAGUUCGGUUUGUGAUAUUAAAAUUCUAACGACAUUGUAUUAUAUACUUAUUUAGGAAAUGUCAAGGACGGAGGGGGGCAUGACUUUAAAAAUGGCAGAGUAAUACAUUUUUAAAAAAUCAUGAGCAGUCCAAAUGACUGCUUUAGCGGUUCUAGUGUUAAGACUUUGAUACAAAAGACUGAACCCACACUGGCCUUCUAAUGUAGGACUUUCUCACUUUAAAAUGUAAACUAACCAGUCGUUGUGUAAACAAAAACAACCCCCUUCUCUAUUUGACAGGAAUAUUUCCCCUCAGGCUGUCAGAGGUAACCCAACCGCACCUUAAUUAUGGGUUCCACUCCACCACUACUGUUAAGUCACGCUACCUUCACUGAUGGUUUUCAACUUUACCGUGCCACUUAGCUUAAACUGUAACUGCACAGCAGGGUGUGUAUGUAAAGUGUGGUGGUAAACAUAUAAAACCCGGUUUUGAUGCAUUUCAAAUACGCCUUUCCUUUGUGGAAAGAGUUGCUGGUCGAUCAUGAAUAGCCAGGUGAACGUUUUUUAAAACUCACAAUUCAACAGUGAUUACUCUAAAGGUAGAGUCCUGCAUCGUGUCGGAGACCGAUGGUUCCCCGCCGGUGAGCCGCAAAAAUAUCAGCCGGCGGGUGGAAUGAAUGUUCUUUCAACCCGUGGGUCGGGUCGGGGUUCAGAACAAUUACAUUGUGGGCUGGAAACAUUUUAAAGCAAGAUAAUAAACUUUUUUUAAACCCAGGAGCUUAUUGUGUUGCUAAUUCCAUUCUGUGACCGGCGAGGCAGCCAUAAGGCUACCACCUACGCACGCGUUGUGUGUGUGUGUGGAGCCGGGAACUGUCCCUUAUUUGUGUGGUGCCAAAACGUUCUACUGUCCACACGCAGAGCUCAUGUUCCCUCUCCUCACGUGAGAAUAUGACACGUUGCCAAGUUUACUUUCCCUGGAUAGCCUAGCUCACGCAAAAAUGGCUAGCGUAGGCCUAACUGGAGACAUAAAAGAAAGGUUAUGAUAAGGGAAUAGGCUACAACACCAUCGUGGUAACAGUUGCUGCACGAGUGAAAUCCCCAAUUUGGAAGGAUAACAAUGCGGUAGAUAUAUAGCCUGCAAAGUGCAAGCAGGUAGGCCUAUUUGUUUGUGAUAAUUCAGUUAUUUAUUACAUUAAUUCGUUCAUUAGACCAUAUGCAGGCCUAUAACGUAAUCGAUUCUGGGAAUGGUUUAAUUAGGCCUGAACUAUUUGAUUGUCUAAACAAACAUUUUUUUAAAGGAAUUGUUUUGUAAGCUAUAGGCUUUCAUUAUAGGUAAGAAGGCUAAUUAGAAGGCUAUUUUUUCUCAGUGGUUUGAGUGACUCAUUGAUUAUGAAAAUAAAAAGUAUAUAGUUCUUAAUUCAUGGUAUGGUUUCCGUUUAUCCAAAUGUUGAAUAGUCAUGCAGGGAAGUGGAAUAGUAAUAAUAGCCUAAUAAUAAAGCCUACUACUCUGGAGUCAUAAAAACAAUUAAAUACAUAUUGAUGUUAUAUGGCGGGUAACGGAUCGGCUCUUGGAACAAUUCUAUCUAUCCGGGUGGGUCGGGUUGCAGAGAAAAAUAUUUUCCUGAUAUCGGGUGGGGCUCGGACUUCAUGUGGCAGGGACGGGUGCUGCUCCAAAAAACGGAACCGUGCAGGACUCUACUCUAAGGAAAGACUAGUUCUGUAUGGCUGUGGCAUAACACUGUUUCAGUGUAGUUCACAGUAUUGGUGAUUUUUCACACGUGUUUUGGGUCCUCAUUGUACCACUUAAUGUUUAUCUUCCAUUAGUCGUGUACUGGGGUCUGUUCGUGAGGAUGUCGGCUCUAUUCGUUACAUUUCUAUGUGCAAUGUUUCACCUCACUGAAUGCACAUCACCUGUUCCUUCCUGUGAAGCAGCCUGCUGAUUGGUCGGUUUCCUUGUCUGUUUCCCCAGGCCCAUUGGUGAUAGGCCGAUGAGAGGACGUGGUGGUGGCCGAGGUGGUGUCCGUGGCGGCAGGGGCCGGGGCAUGGGCAGGAGCGACGGCUUCGACGCCCGAGGAAAGCGUGAAUUCGACAGACACAGUGGCAGUGAUCGGUCGUACGUCUUCUGUGUCAUGUUGUGAAUUAUGUAGCUAGCUAGCAAACUCCAGGAUGGAUAAGUCAUAUCUUAUUAUUAGGCAGAUUUCCUACUCCAGUUCUAAAUGGCAUGCUCAAUGUAGAAUCUCUAUUCUAACUAGGUUUUUAGUCCAGAUUAUGACUAACCCUGGACUGAAAAUAAUUUUCUGCAGAGAUUAUCCAUUGAGAUUGCUUUGUAGUCCAAGACUAGGCUUAAUCUGUGUCUGGGAAACUGGUGCUAGAAGUAUAAGAACAAAUUAUAAAAAUAAAAAAAAUCCUUCCCGGUAGGCUCAUUGAGAUAAACUAGGUUUUUUGCUGGAGAGACUAUUGAAGUGAAGCUGUGAGCUAAAGCCCAUGUCGUUUCAGCAGCCAGAAAGGUGAGGAGAAACGUGGAGGAAGUGGAUCUCACAACUGGGGCACCGUCAAGGAUGAGAUGGGGUGAGUAGCACUGCCGACCUAGCACAACAACACAUUUUCUCUGUAGACUUUCUCGAAAAGGCUGUCUGCAAACCACAAGGAAGGGUUUUGAUUUACCUUGUGCAGUUGUGUGUAAACUAAGUCAACUUGUUGAUUCAAGACCCCUGGUCACUAUACUGUCCUGGUCACCUGUCAACAUACUGAAUGUAUGAGAGCUAAACUAGUUUUUUUCCUCUCCACAGCGAGCACGACCAAUCGAACGUGACCGAGGAGACCCCCGAGGGAGAGGAGCCUCGGCCCGCUGACUCUGAGAACAAGUGAGUUGAGGGCUGAGCCUUAAACCAUUUCUCCCUCUCCUGCCCAAAGUGUGCACUCGUUCACUCCCUCUCAGGGAUUUAAAAGCGUGGUUUGGAUGGCUUCUCCACCAUAUUUCUCAUACUCUCCAGCCAGUUGUGCGUUCUUACAGUUCUGUUUUCUGCUCUGUGUGUUGUAGGGAGAACGAGGUUGGUGAACCUAAGGAAGUGGAACCCAAGGAGAUGACUCUGGAUGAAUGGAAGGCCCAGCAGGACAAGGAGAAAACCAAGGUGGAGUUCAACAUCCGCAAGGCCAACGAGGGAGCCGACAGCCUGUGGAAGAAAGGAUACGUGCUGCACAAGUCCAAGGACGUGAGUAGAUUGUCAAAACCACAAUACUGACUUAGCCUCCAUUUUGUUUUCCAUAACCUCCUAUGUUUUCAUCCCUCUCCAAUAAAGGAGAAGAAAGCUGAUGCUCUUAUUGAAGCUGCGGUGGAGGCUGAGGCCGUUGCCCCUAAGGUGAGUAUCCCAUCCAACAGACGCGCUCACACACUCUCCACAUAAACAUUAAAGGAUAUUUUUCUGCCUACCAAUGGAACUCAAGGAUAGCAGUUGGAAGGAAGUUGAAGGUAGUUUUGCAAGCUAUUGCUAACUAGCGUUAGCACAAUGACUGGAAUUUCACAGAAACAGCUAGCAUGCUUGGAUUAUAACUCUUAUCUAAAUGAUAGGAGCGCACAUCUGUGUCGCUCCCUCUGAACUGACUGCCAUCCGGUGACCGAAUAACACAGUUUCUCUGCAACAAUAAAUCCAUAGCACUUACAGUACAAUAAAACAUGUACAAAUUCUUAGCUCUUUAUGAACUCUUGAAACAAUCCAAACAUAAGAAUUUAAUUGACACAGUAACAUUCAUUUCGUCGAUUUUUACGUUUUCAUCCGUCUUCACACCUCCAACGGUGUCCGUGCUUCCAGGGUUCUGUGGGAACAUCUCGCCUCGGAGAAAGCCACAGAUAAGGUGUGUUUGACCCCUGUGAUAGCCCACAGAUAGUCAGGCAUCCAAACAAUAUCAUAAAUGGUGAUUGAGUCAUCAUGCUGGGCUUCAGUAUCUUCAUCACUGGCCUUCGUCGUUCACAUUUGUUCACUCUCAAUUUUUAGACUACACAUGCAGUGACUUUAAAAUUGUAUUCAUGAGUUCAUCCGAGUCUGGUUAAGUAUAAAAAGGGAUUGAUUGCCAAAAUCUUGCGCUAUCCCUUUAAAGCAGAACUUGCCAGAACGAUUGUCAGUCUGCACAGUAAGGGGCCGUUCGCUUGCUGUCGGCUAGGUGGUUAUAGGGACCACCUGCCGGUGGGCGACUGACAGCUGUCAUUUUCGCCUAUUUCUACGUGUAGAAUUGGGUUUGCAAAUUACAGCCAGCACUCUGUUCAGAGGUGGCUCAGGCGUGUGUUCUGUCAUUGAUGACGUUCUCUCUCCCCCCCGGUCUCUCAGGCAGAGGACGAUCACCACUUCCGGAAGCCGGCCAAUGACAUCACAGCCCAACUGGAGAUAAACUUUGGGGACCUUGGUCGUCCAAGCCGUGGUCGUGGUGGGCCCCGUGGCGGCAGGGGGGGCCGUGGGCGCGGAGAGGGCAGAGGAGAGUUCCGUGGAGAGUUCCGUGAGCGUGAGCCCAGAGAGCCCCGCGAGCGUGAUGGUGGAGCCCCCACCAGGCCGACUCGCGGAGGACGCACUGACAGGGUAAAUAAUACUAAUUACUACUAGUCUUAUGGCUGCUGUGGAAAGGAUUUAUGAGAUUAAAAGGAAUUUGGAUUCUUUAAGUACAACAGACAUGGUCAUCAUUUCACUGUAUAUGUCUGAUCAAUCUCGUUUCCUCUUGUUUUCCCAACCCUCUAACCCUCCUCUCAGCCAAGUGGGGUGAUUGUGCCCAACGUGGAUGAUCCAGAGGCCUUCCCGGCCCUGGCCUAAGAUGGAGCGGCUGCCCCAUAGGCCCCCAGGCAGACCCCUAGGCCCCUCUACGAGGCUUGCAUGUUUCUGGAUCCUUGAGCAAAAAUGAUAUGAUGGAGAUGACUGUCAUCGCCCAUGACACUUGCAUCUGAGGACUGAAUUUUACCCGUUUUGGAAAAACAGAAAAAAAACAGGAAAAAUAAAAAAAACUAAGAAAAAAGAAAAGGACUUGUUGCUACUUCCGGAGGUUUUGUACUUAGAAACAAGGUAGCAGGGACGUUUUCAUACGGUAUUUUUUUCAGAGAUUAUGCGUUCUUCGUGAAUACUUUUUUGUAUUGCUGCUUGAAAAUAUGCAUUUCCAAAUAUAAGGUAUGAGAAGAGUUAUUCUUUGAGCUUGUGGUGGCCCAUAGCUUGGUAGGCUGUGCAGGGAUGGAACCCAAUCCCUGCACAUUUCUGAAGAGGUUACUGCAUCAUCACUCAGUGAGAUUUUGACUGCUUUAGUUCUGGGGUUUUGUGAAUUAUAUAAUUUUUUAAGUAAGGCCUAGACCUCUGAUGUAGGCCUGUAAAAGUAAACUAUUUUCAUGGUAAGAGAUCUUCGAGUGAGAUUGUAUUAUUUCUGAUGGUGCAGAUAGGGACAUUCGUUGAUCUAGUGAUUGUACCUACACUCAACAAAUUGUUAAAAUGGAGCCUAAAUCACUUCUGUAUUAAAAGGUAUUUUGUAUAGAAAAGAGCUUCCAAAUGACUCAAUAGAUCACUUGCACGGGGAAGGAAUACUUCAAUUAUUUAAAAUGUAUCACUGACAUCUUUGGCUCGUGUGGCUCUAAAGGUGAACAUUUCCCACUGUACUGUUUCAUUUACACACUCUUGGGCUGUGUCUCAAUGGUGUACAGUGGCUUCCUCUCCUUGUUUCCUCUAUACUGCACUGAGCUGGAAACACAGUUGACAUUUAGUUCAGGUCCGAGGAAAGGAGAGGAAGCCAAUUUUAGACUAUUGAGCUGCAGCCUUGGUCCUUUGGAAGCCCUCAGACCUUCUCGCACUGUUUAAACACUCCACUCCAGGGCAGUGUUCAGCAGGGCACCGCGUCACGCAAAGUUCAAAUAGAAAUAUACUUAAUAUAGAACAGAUGUGCUCCUCUGAAAUGUAGAGGAAGUCAUGUCUGCUCUGCUCAUGGCAUCGAUCUUCAACGCUCUGUACAUCUUACCCUGCUGAACAGGGCCCAGUAUACUGAUGCCAUUGUGAACCUGCUCCUGCAGUAUUUCCUGUGGUGGUUGAAUAUCCUCCAUUUUGAUUUUACCUUUGGUUCCCUACUGCGGCACUACUGCGUAAUUGCUCUGAAAUAAAUACAGUUAUGUGUGGAUCAGCAAAGUGCUCUAUAGAUGUGUGAACUCUAACCCUGCUAUUAUAGACCUCUGUCGGUAAAUAAAGGUUGAUUCAUUUUUGCA